GGGACACUGUUGGGUGGAAAAUGCAACACGACAGAUGUAAACUUCUUCUUGUCUAUUCCCUACGCAAACUCUCCAAAGAGAUUCCACGCUCCUGUGCCGUAUACUGGAGUAUUCAACAAACGAAACGCCACGGUUCCCGCUCCAGCCUGUCCGCAGUUUGGGACGACUUUCAUUGAGACGGAGUCGCAGUCUGAGGACUGCCUCUUCCUUGACAUUUGGGUUCCGGAGCACAAGCCUCAUGAAACCAAGCUCCCUGUCAAGAUAUGGGUCUUUGGUGGCGGCGACGAAGCAGGCGGCAUCUCCAAUGCAAUGUACACAGGAUGCUACGCCGCCGAGAAGGCGAUUCAGGUCAAUAUCAACUACCGCCUUGGACCUUUGGGCUUUUUGGCGGCUGACAAGGCUGGAAUUGGUGGCAAUUUUGGCAUACAAGAUCAGCUUCUGGCGCUGAAGUGGAUCAAGGCAAACAUUGAGUCGUUUGGCGGCGAUGCUGAUAAGAUGGUUCUUUUUGGACAGUCAGCUGGCGCUUUCAAUACUUUUGCCAUUGCGACCAUGGACGAGGCGCCUAGUCUGAUUAAUGCUGCCAUCAUGGAAUCGGGAGGUGGC